AUUGCCCUAUCGGACAAUAUUAGCACGGGAGCAAUAAACUUCACCGUAAAAAAAUACGUACGAUUUUUAGGGACACGAUUUUUUUCGAUGUCUCUUAAAUCAUCGAUCAUUCCAAUCUGACCGUCGAUACAAACUCAGUAACCCUCGUUAAUUGUGAUGGAAGAUAUUGGCAAUCAGGAAUACUCGUAUUUCGGCUAAUCGCAAAGUGACUUUGAACUGUGUUUAACUUUAUAGUGAUAAGGACUUAAGGAACUGUUAUGUGCUUCUGAGAUGGAGACUCUAGUACUGAUCCCUCAAGAAUUGAGCCUGGCUUUAACGCCAGGCGGUGCUAGGGGUAGGGAGGCUUCGGUGAGCGUUUGGACGUCCAUGGAGAUACAGAGGGGUGCGCUGCUCUACCCCUUCCAAGGGACGAUACGGAUCGACAAGCUUCAUGUUUAUUCGUAUGUGCCUGAUCAUGAUGUACGACAUCGGUUCGGAUUAUUCGACGAAGUCUGCACUUCAGGUGGAAUUCAAGUCCGACAUUGUAAUUGGGUGCGUUUUCUCCGAGUCUCGGAGAAUUAUGGACCACAAGUAAACCUAGUCUGUACAAAAGUGAAAGGAGAGCCAGUUUAUGAAGCGGUGAAGCCUGUGUCGGCGCAUACUGAACUGGUCGUAUACUACCUUCCCGAAAGACCUGAAGAAUUAUUCUUUGUAAGGAUGAGAAACAACUUGUAUAGACAGACGAUGGACUCUAUAUUAGAGGAUUCACCGCUAGACCUUUCUACAUCCCUUCUUUCUAGAGUCCUAUUACCAAUAUCCCCUCCAUCAGGUACAGAAGACGAGCAUAAGUCAGUAUCCGGUGAUUCCCUGACGUCAUCAUCAGUUGGCUCGUCAACUGAAUUACUAGAAAUGACACCAAAAAUCCAAAGAAGACCUGCUAAAUCAGAACGCGCUUUACUACCUUGCGAAGUUUGUGGAAAGGCUUUUGAUAGACCAUCUUUACUCAAAAGGCAUAUGAGAACACAUACAGGAGAGAAGCCACAUGUAUGCAUGGUCUGCAAUAAAGGAUUCAGCACAUCAAGCAGUUUAAACACACACAGGCGAAUACACUCAGGGGAGAAACCUCAUCAGUGCCAACAUUGUGGAAAAAGAUUUACAGCCAGUUCAAAUCUGUACUAUCACAGGAUGACACACAUAAAGGAAAAGCCGCACAAAUGCAGUUUAUGUUCCAAAUCAUUCCCAACCCCAGGCGACUUGAAGUCUCAUAUGUACGUGCACAGUGGCUCCUGGCCUUACAAGUGCCAUAUUUGUUCCAGAGGUUUCUCAAAACAUACAAAUCUCAAGAACCAUCUCUUUUUGCAUACAGCAAAACAUCAACGCAACAGCGCAAGAGAUGCAACUUGAAGUUUUAUUCCAUAACAAGAAUACCCAUACGGUAUAUUAACGUACUAUUUAAAGACUUAGUAGUAUAAAAAGUGUGAUAUUAGAAUUAAGUUAAUUUUAAGUGUUAAAUUAUUCAGAUAGUUAUAUAAAAGUUAAGACUAUUUUAUUACUACUUUUGAGGCCUUUUUUGUUGACUUAGCUAAAAUAUAAUUACGUCAAAAUAAAGUAUAUGGAUUACUUGUGAUUAAACCUAACUAAAAUCAGGUCUCUGGAGCACAAUUAAAUUGAUUUCGAAAUUUCAAUUACGAGGCCCCGAUUUUUAUAGAAAUUUUUAUAAAGUACUAUCCUCACAAACUAUUUAUUGUAUAAACCUAUCUUCUUAUUUAUGAUUAUGACAGAAAACUAGUGAAAACUACUUAGAAAAAAAUUUAACGCUGGUCCUUUUGAAAAUAAGUUUGUUGAUUUAAGCAGGCAGAUAUCAUGAUGGGAAUAAAAUUUGAAUACAUUUCAUUCCUUUCAUGGAAUUCUUUUCACUAAUCUGAUGGAAACAGGAAAACUAUGAACUGUGUCUGAAUAUAACAUGAACAGCUGUACAUAGGGCACCUGGAGUUUGAGCAUCAAUUUGAUUCUACGAUUAAAUCAAUAAUGUUCGGAAUAACCUAUCACACUAUCUAGCUUUUUAGCAUGUUAAAAUUACAGGUGAAGAAUAACUUAAAUACUAAUAUAAUAUUUAUACUUUUAUAACUAAAUAGGAAGAGUUUUAUGAAGUCAUUUAGCCAUUGACUGAAAAACAAGAUAUCUCUGAGAUAUGGAUCUGAUACGAUAAACUAGAUAUUAGUAUGAUGAUAUAGUUAUAUUGCAUCUUAACAAAGAUUUUAUGAGGGUUAACCAUAAGUAAGACACUACACUAAAAUACGAAGGUAGUGUAGGAUAAAGCAUAGAUGUGUAGGCUUCAUAUUCUAAGAAUAAAAAAGCUGUAAAAAUCUUACCCUACACAAUUGUCUGCAUGUUUCCUUUAUGCAGUUUAUGUAUUGCUAGAUACUUUGUAAAUAAAU